AUGGAGGGUUUCACGCGUAAGAGCUUCACCACCUCCCGAUCGCUUACCUACACCUACUUUGAUUCUGGCGCCGCUGCAAAUGACAAGCCGGCGCUCCUCCUCCUGCACGGCUUUCCCGAUGGCGCGAAGCUGUGGUUCAAGGUGAUCCCGCACCUCCUCCCCCUCGGGCGACGCAUCAUCGCUCCCGACCUCCUCGGCUACGGUGGCUCUUCCAACCCCACCGAUGCCGCGCUGUUCAACUCCAAAGCCAUGACGACCGAUCUCGCGGAGCUGCUUGCAGCGGAGAAAGUGGAGAGAGUCGUCGUGAUCGGACACGACUGGGGUUCGGUGCUCGCGACGCGCAUGUGGCUGUGGCAGCCGCAGCUCUGUGCGGGCGUGGCCAUGCUCAACGUGCACUACAUCCCGCCGGGCCCCUUCGACCUCACCGCCCUCAACGAGCUGUUCGAAACGGCAACCGGCCUGCCGCGGUACGCGUACUGGGACUUCUUCGCCAACCACGAGGACGCGCCGAGCAUUAUCGAGAAGAACCUCGAGACAUUCUGGACGGUGCUGCACGGCGAGAAGGACCACUUGAUGGGCGAGCAUUGGUGCCAGCAUGGCGCCAUGCGGCGUUUCGUCGAAGCCAACGAGGGUCUUCCAUUACGCGAAUAUGCGAGGGCAGAGAGCGAGGGGAAGCUGAAGGAGGAGUGGUUUGCCUUUGUGGGCGAGAGAGGCAUCGCAAGCUCGCUGUGCUGGUACAAGGCGCUGGCGCAUGGCCAUCAUUGGGACGUGGAAAAGGAACUCCCAUCCGAGCGGCUUCCUAUCAAGGUGCCCAGCUUCUUUCUCGGGUGUACUGGCGAUGAUGUCUGCCUGCCAGCGCUUAUCGACCAGAACAAGGAGGCGGGCUUGGUGCCGGACUUGACAGUGCAGGUCAUCGAUAGCGCCCAUUGGUCUCCGUAUGAGAAGCCGGCUGAGAUUGGAAAAGGGCUGAACGAGUGGAUCCUGGCGAAGUGCUGA